GCCGCGUGAUCGACCUCGCCAGGUGCGUGACACGUUCGUUGGUAACGCGCCCGCGUAAAGUGUUUUUCCAAGGCAGUGUGAUUCCAAACAUGUGGUCAGAAAUGGGUGGAAUAAAGGUACUAAGCAAAGCAAAAAGUUAAGACAUAGUCGUGAAGCAUGCAUAUGCUAUAUUUCUUGCUUCCUUUGACGUAUUAGCGUUAUUUAUGAUGUGUUGUGACUUCUUGGUUGUUCUCGUCUGGGUGUCAUCUGAUCUAAUCUUAUCGGAUCUGAUGUGAUCCUGGACAUGUCAAGGUACUUCAGCCUCACAUAAUCCUGUUGACUCAGCUGUCUAAGAAUGUUUAAGAAGACACGUCUCGGUGUUGUUCUUUGGAAAAUGGGUUUUGCAAGAUCGGAUAUUUGCAGCCGCGAUGCUAUCCCUCUCAGACCUCCCUCCUGAAAUCCUCUCGGAAAUAGCUACGUUUGUUGGGGGGGAAUAUCUUCGGGAUCAGACAGAAAGGCUGCUCUUGUGCAAGGCUUGGUACAGAGCUGCGCAUCAUCUGGCUUUUGAGAAUGUUAUUAUCGACAUCGGGCCCCUCGAGCGUUGUCUGGCUGAGUCUCACUUUCCUGACAGCCUCGUGGGGACCAAAUCAUUAUUUAUCAGAGGCAAACCCUUCCACAAGACUUUAAGGUCUUAUAACAAACUGAUGGCAGCAAAAAUGGAAUGUAUAGCAGGGCGAAACCAUAACAGAAAGGGCGCUGAGAUGUAUCUAAGAAGGUGGUGGACCAUCAACAUGUGCAACCUUCUCACAUCUUUUGCCAAAUAUCUACCCCAAAUGGCUGACCUCCGCUCUUUUCGAGUCAAAGUGCCUAUUGGGUCGUUAACAUCCGAGCGGCUGGACAGUCUCAGAUGUGCAGCUACAGUCUCACUGAUCUCGCACCUUCCGAAGACUCUCACGAGUCUUACGAUUGAUACUCCAGGAGGGCCGUCGCGAUUCAAGCCGCAAAUGGCGCAGUCCAACCACGUCUGCCCGCUUCUACUGAAUAAGGAGGUAUUGCCAUCGUUGCGCCAUCUGGCGAUUCGCAGCCACAACAUUUGCCCAGAACUUUGUGCAGUAGACGACUCUAGGCUACAAACCCAACUCCAAACAUUGAUAGUAAACCUCAGCAUGGCCGAGGGAGGGUUUUACGCCGCAGUUAAUUCUCGCUACUGUGAAGAAGACAAGUACGAAAGGAAACCCAUAUACCCGCAUAUGAAGACGCUGGCAAAAUCCGUAGCGCAUCGCUUUCCAGCUAUAACAAUGAUGAGACUUCUCUGUAUCAACCCCAAAUCGCCAGGUAGUCUCGGGAUUUGCUACAACGUCCUCUCGGAGCGAGAAGUCCUUUUACCCGAUGAUGUGCUUUGGGAUGAUGUGGAUUGGGAUGAUACGGAUGCUGAGCCAGCCCCCCCUCCAAGCGAACAUUCGGACCCGGACGAUUCAAACAUCGAAGCUUCUUAUGAUGGAUCGUUGUCACCCUGAGCGUUCUCGGCUCGUCUCUAACGAGAUAUAACCAAUCGGUGCAGCCGCCUUUUUCCCGGUUGCACUGCUUCCGAGCCGCCACUAAACUUGGUUCUGUUGUAAAACCUUGAACUAGAGGGGCAACCUCUUUAUGUGCAUAUAUUGUCUUGCAGCGCUUCGAGCUGUGGCUACAUCUUGCUGUCUAUUGUUUUUCAUAACUUUUAUACUCGCUGUUGUGGCAUGUUUUAAAUUGGUGCUACAGGAGACCAUUGACCAAAUAUAAGUGCUUAGAGGCUACAGAGUUGCUUUAUCAAAAUUCGUGCGACUUGUCACGGCUGACUAUUCUCUACACCAUCUCUUUGACUGUUAGUACAGGACAUCUCAGAGCUAUAGCUCAAUACUCGUAGGACCAUGUGAAUAAAUGGGCAGGAUAUUAGCAAUUCUACGAUUUAAAACAAAAUGCACAAUUUGGUUAGCUCUUAGCACAAGACUUUUGGGUUGCACGAGUAUGCUUGCGGUUAUUGAAGAAUGGGUG